AAGAAAUAACAAGCAGGGCUGGCUGGCUGGCCCAACGUGAAAAGCCUUUGUUCAACCUUUUCUUUUCCUUCUUCAAUUUGUUUAGAUCUUCCCCAUUCCCGUAGGCCACGCAGUGAGCAAAAUAAGGGAAAUUUAGGGUUUUAUUUGAAUUAGGGGAAAAUGGCGAUGAGGAAAGUUUACAGCGAGAUAAAAGGGAUGAAAUUGAAGGAAGUUCCUGGCUACUUCAAGCCGAUGCUAUCUAUGGGUUACUUGAAGAAAUCUGUUCAGAGGGGUUUGGACAAUUACCAUGCUAAGUACAUUGAGACUGAUUCUAUCGAACCUCUCUACCAUGUCUGUUUCGGUGGGAUGAUCUUUUCUUACCUUGUUGCUCUUCCCAACGAGCGACGCCACCUCGAGCUCAAGAAGCAUGCUGAGGAACACGGUCAUCAUUAAUCCCAUCUAGCUUUAAAGAUGGUUUGGAUCGUUGUUGUGCCCUUCUCGGUUUUAUCCAGUAACAAUUCGAUUUGCUUAAUGCUUUUUGGUUGUAAUUUGUGAACAAAUGUUGGCAGAGGAAGAUGCUGUCUUGAUCAAAUGCAAAAAUAAAAGAGUACAUUUUCUUUAAAAUAA